GGCAGGCUGAGUGAUCACGGUGACAAGGCAAACACAACGACAUCAAAUUCAUCAGUUGUCUUAUCGCCCUUCUUUUUGUCGCCUCUUGUUGUACCUGGAGUGGUGCAAUGGAUGACCAGAAGAAACCAGACCAGUCCACCAGCGCCCAGCCGCAAAAUGGAGAGCAGGACAAAAGCCGUCGCAGAGAGAGCUUCGCAUCCCAAGAUUCCCAGACAGCUAAAGAUUUCCUUGAAAACCAACUCAAACUCGAGGCUGAUGCACGUGAAGUGCUCCCCUAUUCUUUUGAUAACUGCACGCAGCCAUUAGGUGCACUACGACAGAGUAUCUUUUCGUGCCUUACCUGCAACCCUCCCAAGAACCUCGAUGACCCGUAUACCCCUGCUGGAGUUUGCUACUCGUGCUCCAUCUCCUGCCACGGCGAGCACACGCUAGUCGAGCUGUUCAACAAAAGGAACUUUGUUUGCGACUGCGGAACCACUCGUCUGCCGUCGACUUCGCCAUGCACUCUUCGAGCAGACCCCGCCACCGGCUCAAAAGGCGUCCACUCCCAGGAGCCUGCCGCGGGGAAUAAAUACAAUCACAACUUUCAGAACAGAUUCUGCGGGUGUCUCGAAGUGUAUGAUGCGCAUACAGAAAAGGGAACGAUGUUCCAAUGUCUUGGACUAGGCACUGUGGAAACAGGCGGUUGCGGGGAGGAUUGGUGGCAUCCAGAGUGUCUGAUCGGUCUUCCUCGCGACUGGAACAAAGUUAAAAAGCAAGAGGCUGCGAUGACCGAGGAAGAGAAGAAGGAGGCGACGGAUGGAUUUGAUGAGGAUGAAGAAACGCCGCUUCCACCAGGUUUUCCUGGCGAGGAUGACUUCGAGACCUUUAUAUGCUACAAAUGUCUCGAUUCCAACCCGUGGCUGAAGCGCUAUGCUGGUACGCCGGGAUUCUUACCAGCUGUCUACAAAGAAGGAGGGUUGAAAGACGCCGAACCUAAAGAGGCUCCUGCUGCAGCUGAGGCUGAGAAAGAACAAGCCAACAGUACAAAGAAGCGCAAGGCAGAGGAUGACCUUGAAGAACCUGACUCUAAGCGCACCAAGGAAGACUCGCCGGAUGACCACAAGGAUGCGAAAAUCAGCACUACUUCCACGGAGACACCCAAGCAUAAGCAUGACUUUCUUCCUAAGUCUGCUCCUACGGGGACCUUCUCUCUCUUCCUCAAAGAGGACUUUCGCGACCACCUAUGCCAUUGCCCCGAUUGCUUCCCAAACCUUAUUCCUCAUCCACAGUUGAGAGAAGAGGAAGAGACGUAUGAGCCGCCGCUCUCCGAAGACGGUGACGAGGCCAACGGCGGCGGCAGUCAGGGCACCGGAAGCCUCCUAGAGCGAGGAGAAGCAGCAUUGAGCAAUAUGGAUCGAGUGAAAGCCAUUGAGGGUGUCAUGGUUUACAAUCAUCUGCGAGACAAGGUGAAGGAAUUCUUGAAGCCAUUUGCAGAAAGUGGACAGGCUGUCGGCGCUGAGGAUAUCAAGGCCUAUUUCGAGAAGCUCAGAGGCGAUGCUCAGGGCAUACAAGAAGCCGGUGGUCGGGCUGCCGCAGCUGGCGCCGGCGGCCAAGGCGAAGAUCCAGAUGGAGCUGACAACAGAAAGGAGCAGAGUGUGACCAAAUUCUGA